AUGGUCUACUCACUGUCUUAUCGUCGCCCCGAGCGCGCCUCUCGCCCCGAAACGCCUUCUUCCAUCUCCAGCGAACACAAGCAAAAGUCGAUCCAUGAAUCAGUCCGUUCGAGCGGCAGCGGCAUGUCCAACGGUAUUCCCGAGGCCUUGUCCUUUGACACUAUCAUUGCUGGCGGUGCCUGCCCACCCUGCACCGUUCGUGACUUUAUGAAUUUCCUCAAGUACAUUGAAUUAUCUGCCGAAAACCUCCAAUUCUUCCUUUGGUACCGCGACUACGUCAAGCGCUUCGACAACUUACCCGAAACUGAGAAAAUCCUAUCUCCUGAGUGGACCGGCGAGAAGAACAUUGGCGAAGCGCUCAAAAACCCACGUGCCUUCAACGCUGGUGCCGCAGCCAUACUCAAAGGCACUGACUUUGCCAAUGAAGGCAAGCCCACCGAGUCGGAGAAGGGCGCCAGCAAUCCCUUCUUCACUCCCCCUCGCACGCCAACUAGCCUUGAACAAAGGCGGGACGAUUACUCCAUCGACUCGUUUGAUGGGAGUGUAGGGGUUGGCAAAGUAGACCACACUCAACGUGCUGCUGGUGCGUUUGAUAGUGCUGGUCUCAAAUGGAAACCACGAACCAAUCGCUCAUCCGCCACAGUUUCCGUUCAACCCUACCGAGAAGAGAUCGAUCGCAUCAUUUCCAUAUACAUUGCCGACAACGGUUCGCGACAACUGAACUUGUCCUCCAAGGAGCGUACGGGGCUGCUACAUGCUCUCCAGAACACAACACAUCCCUCGGCUUUUGCCGAAGUCAUCACCACCGUCGAGUGGUCACUUCGAUGUCAAGCGCAUCCCAACUUCGUGCGCUGGACCAUCUGCAACGGCAAUCGCGCACGUGUCAUCUUCGCUCGCGGCCUUGGCCUCUUCGGCAUUGCUGCUGGUUUGAUCGUUGCCAUCAUCCUCACACUCAGCAGCGCAGGCCGUGCAUGGCGUAUCAUCUCCAUGAUUGGCUUCUUCAUCGGUAUUUCUACACUGAUUGCAGCAUGGAAGGGCAUGUGUGUUGUCCUUCACGGCAUGCACCACCGACACGUGCGACCCUGGGAGCUCUUCACAUCCGACGACGAGCAACAGGCGUACGACUUCAAAUCCGACUCGUUCAACAGUGUCGACUCGCAUUCCUCAAGCAACUCAUGGGAAGAUGAGCCUUGGGUUGCGCGUUACGAGAAGCGCAAUGUUGUUCGAAAAAUCUUUGAUCGCGAAGUCUGGAUCCAGGAGCCUGCUUUGCGCCAGAUACAAGACACCAUCUUUCUUCAAGCCAUCUUAGGUGCUCUGAUCAUCUCUGCUGUAGCCGUUGGCAUCUUCUGUGCCAUUCCACAAGGCAACUUCUUCUAG